CAGCGGCUGCAGAAGUUUGAACUGACGGAGCUGGCCUGGGAUCUGAUCAUGACCGGCUCUACUGCCUACCUCUCUGUUCCUGAGUAUGGGCAGGAUGGGCCUGCAGAUGGUGAAAAGGAGAUUGAUCCUGUGGAUCUGGAAAACUUCAAGAAGAGUGAGUUCCUGCCAUCAGACACAGAAAAGAGUGUAGGACAACAACUACUGCUCCUACAAUCUGAGCUGAAGCAGCUGAAAGAGGAGCAUAGAAAGACCGUGGAGAACUACACAGCAGAGAGGACCAUGAGAAAGAAGUACUACAACAUGGUAGAGAAUAUGAAAGGUAAAAUCCGAGUGUUCUGUCGGAUCAGGCCAAUGAACCGGACCGAGAUAGCCCGAGGAGACUCCACCAUUGUGUCUCGACUAGAUGAAUAUUCCAUCACUGUGGAAACGGCACGUGGUCAACGAGAGUUCCAGUUCGACCGAAUAUUUGACACUCAAUGUUCUCAGGAAGAGGUGUUCCAAGACACUAAUAGACUCAUUCAGUCGGCCAUUGAUGGCUUCAAUGUGUGCAUCUUUGCCUAUGGGCAGACUGGUUCAGGGAAAACCUACACAAUGGUUGGAGAUAAACAUCUGAAGAACCCAGGCAUCAUCCCCCGAACAUUUAACAAGAUUUUUGACAUCAUUCAUGAAAACGAGGCUAAGUUUGACAUCAAGGUCUCUGCCUACAUGCUGGAGCUGUAUAAUGAGCGCCUGCAGGACCUCUUUGUCAGCCCCGCCGAGGCAUUCAGCAAGCGGAUUGAAAUGAAGAAGGACAAAAAGGGGCUUGUGUUUGCCCAGGGAGCAGAGACAAAGCAGGCGGCCAGUCCCAGCGAGCUCUUUGCCCUGUUCGAGCAGGGCUGCGCAAACCGCCAUAUCGCCGCCACCAAGAUGAACGUGGAGAGCUCACGCUCGCACCUGAUCAUCGGCAUCAUGGUGGAGAACAGGAAUCUGACCAAUGGCACUGUGUGCUACGGCAAGCUCAGCCUGGUGGACCUGGCGGGCAGUGAACGGGCCGCUAAGACAGGGGCGAAAGACGGCCAGCUAAAGGAGGCCAACUCUAUUAACAAGUCUCUUAGCGCGCUGGGGGACGUCAUCUCGGCCCUGUCCUCAGAUCAGCCUCACGUCCCCUACCGCAACAAUAAGCUGACACAGGCCAUGCAGGACUCACUGGGGGGCAACGCCAAAACACUCAUGUUUGUCAACAUCUCUCCCUCGGACUGCAACGUGGAGGAAACACUCACUUCGCUUAUUUAUGCUACACGGGUGAAAGCGAUCACCAAUAAUGCGCAGAGGAACAUGGACAGUAAGGAAAUUGCACAAUUGAAAGAGAUCAUUGUUAAACUCCGAUCUGGACAACCUGUGGAAGAAGAAGAUGUGCAAUGACCCCUCUCAAGAAAACACACAUGCACACCCAAAUAAACACCAACUAUACAUGCACAACGAUGGAUUUUAUGCACAUUAUCAGUUAGACUGACCAGGCCCAGCAGUGUCAGAUGGAUGUCUAGUAGCAGUUAAAUGUCAAAUUGGUUUUGCCAAUAUAACGUAAUGCAUCAUAACAUGUAGACAGUAGACAUGCAAACAGAUGACAGACAGAUGGAGGAUGAUGUGUACUUCAUUAAUUCACUUGAUCAAAUUCAUCUCAUCCACUGUUUGCUUCUCAGUGUGGCUGUGGACAUCAGCUAAUGUACUAUACUAUGUUUGGCACUGUGGAUUGUAGAUGUUUGCCAGUGAAGAACUGAUGUGAUUUCCAGAGUUUUAGAUGUUUAAUUAUGUUUUCCUGUUUUCUUUCCUGAAUUGUGUGUGUGUGUGUGUGUGUGUGUGUGUGUGUGUGUGUGUG